AGCAGCACGGUAUCGACAACCAUGUAGCGCUGCGAGCAUAUAUCUUCUCCUUUAAAGUAUGAUGUCGUCCGUAUUAUCCGAAUAUGUUUGCAAACAGAACCGGACGCUUGGAUUGGAGUGAUAAAGCGAGGGAGUCGACAGUGAAAGCGACGCCUGUUUUAUGAGAGCGCUGUCUGCUUUUCGCCAGGAGGUUUGGCAGGGGGCGAGUAUCGUUAGGCUACUAUUGUGAUUUAUUAGCCUACCUUAUCUUUUAACCCGUUUUUAAAUGGCUCCGCUCGCAGUGCUGCUCAUACUCUAGACCCGAGAAGGGUGUGUAACUAUAACGGACACCUAGGCUGCUGUAUAGUUUCGACCAGGUCUUGUCUAUCCGCGUUACCGCCCCGUUUUUUUGGUUGUAGUAACGUUAGCAGCAGGGCAGAAGACAGCUGAAUAUACAGUAACGUUAUUGGGUGGGGAAUAUCAAGUGGACUAGCUUAAACCAUGGGGAAUACAACCUCCUGCUGUGUGUCGUCGAGCCCCAAACACCGGAGGAACAACCACUCCAGGCUGGAGCCCUACCGGCCGGAGCCGGAGCUGAGCCGGGAGGACACAGGCUGCAACCUCCAGCACAUCAGCGACAGGGAAAACAUAGAUGAUCUACCCAUGGAGUACAAUCCCUCAGACCAUCCCCGUGCCAGCACCAUCUUCCUCAGCAAGUCACAGACUGACGUUGCUGUGUCCAACAAGAGAGUUCGAGAAAAGCGGAAGAGCCUUUACAUCAACCAUUUCACACACAUUUCGGAGAAUAAGCAUCAUUCAGGACCAGUGAGACGGAAGUACAGCUCAUGUUCCACCAUAUUCCUUGAUGACAGCACUGUCAGUCAGCCCAACCUCAAAUACACCAUCAAAUGUGUAGCCCUUGCAAUAUACUACCACAUAAAGAACAGGGAAGUCGACGGAAGAAUGUUGUUAGAUAUUUUCGACGAGAAGCUCCAUCCGCUGUCGAAGUCUGAGAUUCCUCCUGAUUAUGACAAACACGACCCUGAACAGAAGCAGAUCUACCGUUUCGUCAGAACACUGUUCAGUGCUGCACAGCUCACGGCUGAGUGUGCCAUUGUCACAUUGGUCUAUCUGGAGAGGCUCCUGACGUAUGCUGAGAUUGACAUUUGCCCUGCCAACUGGAAGCGUAUCGUCCUGGGUGCCAUUCUCUUGGCAUCCAAGGUCUGGGAUGACCAGGCAGUCUGGAACGUCGAUUAUUGCCAGAUUCUUAAGGAUAUCACUGUAGAGGACAUGAAUGAGCUGGAGCGUCAGUUUUUGGAGCUGCUGCAGUUCAACAUCAAUGUGCCGUCCAGUGUCUAUGCCAAGUACUACUUUGACCUGCGGUCCCUAGCCGAGGCCAACAACCUCAGCUUCCCCCUGGAGCCCCUCAGCAGGGACAAGGCCCAGAAACUAGAGGCAAUCUCAAGGUUGUGUGAUGACAAAUACAAGGACUUGAGGAAAGCAGCCAAGAAGCGGUCAGUGAGUGCGGAUAAUCUAGCAGUGGUGCGGUGGGCUCCGGCCAUCAUUUCCUAACAUAGGCCACUGGCGGGGCGAACGAAAGAAAUGGAUAGUCCUGUCAGACAUAUUUCUGCCUGGUAAGGGGUCAAACCAUGGGGGCAGCAACCCUGUGGAUCAGUGCGUCUGUCUGCCCUAACGAAACAGGAUUACACACAUACACACACACACAUAAACACACAUACACACACAAACACACACAUAUACACAAACACACACACACACACACACACACAAUCUGGCACUUUUACGAGUGUUAUUGCACCCCCUCUGAUUGCUGUACAUACAAGAAGUCCCACUGGUUGCCUGCACUGAACCAAACUAAGCUGAACAGAACUGGACUGAAUCAAACUGAAGUGGGCAAGUGAAAGUUGAAGGCAGGAGAGAAGACGUCAAACUGAUGGAAAUAACACUGGCAAGAGGAGAGUGUGUGACUAUUUGAAAAAAGAGGAUAUUGCUUAACGUGAAAUACAACCAAUGACAACAACUGCAUUCCAAAAGGCCCUGUAAGGCCUGACCGUCUCAUACAUUUGAUUGAGAAACAUUCUUCUGAUCAGUGGUUGGGUAGGCUUUGUACAUUCCUUUCAUUUUGAUCCUCCAGCUCAGUUAAUACCUUAACUGAAGCCCAGGAUUUUUUUUGUUUGUUUGUUUGUUUUGUUUUUUGUUUUUUGUUUGUUUUUUUGUUGUUGUUUUGUUUUGUUUCAUUUUUUGGAUACAGGUAACAGGUAAGGCAAGUCUUAAGUUUCAGGUGUACUCAAUUUAUUAGCUUUUGUAUUUCUGCAUUUUGUUUAAAUCUAUCUAUUCAUGUGCAUUCCCAUCCAUGUGAGCCUCCCAAACACCUUGGAAAAAGGACAGCAGAUCAGACGGAAAGUUUUGUGAAGGCAUACAGUAUACAUUCCUCACUUACUUCAGUGCACAUCUUAUGUUGGCAUUGAUUAAAUUGACACACAUCAAAAAGACCACAUAUCAUCACCCCCUCAUUGACAAAAUAUCACAUUUAAUAUCCUUAGGUCUUGGCUACAUUUGAAGUAUUAAGACAUCUCCCAAACUGAUAUACAGUGUCUGAGCAGAUGAAGGCACAGUGUCUUGCUCAAAGUCACCGUGACAGGACCUGGGAGUUGAACCUGUGACCUUCCAGCUACAAAGCAGUUUCUGUAAUGAUCAGGCCAGUGAUCCGGCCGCCAGUCAGACACAUUACUUCACUUAAAGCAAUAUUCCUGCAUGGUUUUACUGUUCUGAUCAAAUAUAAUGAAGCAUGAAAAGGGAUUGUUGUAUGUAGGAGGAAAUAAUGGUUCAAUGACUAGAAUCCACUAUGUGCAGUCAGAAGUGAGACAUACUGUAGAGGUUAUGUUGUAUUUUAUCCACUGCCAUCGUCCUGACCUGUGGUGCCUGUAAUAAGCUAGUAACACAAUUAACUUUUUUCCCUUUUUUACCGGAGGAAUAGAACAAAUUAUGAAGUUUUUUUUUUUUCUUUCUUUCUUUCUUUAACAUUUUUAUAGUUCUUCCAGCUUACAAAGAAAUAGCACAAAUGAAAUAAUGAAAUUCAGAAAAUUAAGCCACUAAGCAUGAUUUUUCAGGGUUGUUCUUUUCUUGUUCUGGAGAGGACCUAAAUGAAUGAAAAGCAUUAUGUGAUGAAUCAAAAACUGCUUACAAAAAGAUAGAUUGUAUAGAUUUUUCAAAAUUGUCUCUGUACAGUGUAAAUACAGCACCAGUGUGCAGAGUCUGUAAAAAAAAAACAAUGAGAAUUAUGUUAGAAUAUUUAUAUUGGAUCAGUAUUUACUGUAGGUGAUGGGGAAGGUAAGUAUGUUUGAUUCCUUGUUCGUAUGACAAAUCAAGUAAAGAGAAUGGUGAAGUAUUAAAAUCUGAUUUAGAUGGGAAACACCACUUAAAGAAUUAAUUUUUCAACAUUUUCGUGUUACAUUGUUUUUGCACUGCAAAAAUGCCACGUUUUUAGCAAGUAAGUGUUAAAUAUGUUAUGUUGACAACUCAAGCUUAUUUUAAAAACUGUCUUUUUGAAAAACUAAUUCACCCCGCUGUCUAAUGACAUUGCAGCUUUUAUAUGUUUUUUGCUUGAAAUUAUGACACUUGUUUCAGACAUUUACUGGAUAAAAGUGACACUGUCAAUUUCUUUUUUCUAAAGAAAAAAAAACAAAAAACAUCAGUUCUCUUGUUAUUUUUAAAAAAUUCUCAAACUCAAGUAAUACAUAAACAGGGAUGUAAUGGAGUACAAAUAACCCAACUCAUUGAUUUUCCCCACAUUUUUUGGCAGGUGUAAAUUCAUGGUAUACAUCACAGUAAGUGGUGUUAGACUGAGGUCAUUUUUGUGAGAGUAGAUUCUAUUAAAGAACAAUUCCAGUGUUUGAGUUUUUGACCAUUUUUUAUAUUUGACAUUUCCUAUAAUAAUUUUUUCAUGCAUCAUGAUUAAAGGCCUGUUUUGCAUUGAUUGCAGAAUGAUUGCUCCAGUUGUCUCUACUUUGUUUUGCGUAGGCCUACAUGGAGGAACAGUAGCCAAGGGGAGGGGUGAGGCGUGAGCUGAGGAGACUUGGAAACUGCUCCCACAGCUUGUGUAUGCCAGUUUCUUUUGGCUAACACGGGGCGGUUACUUCUUUAGCAUCAACUAAUAAUGUAUUCCCCUCGAAAAUAAAACAUUUAUUGCUGUAUAAUUUGGCUACAACAGUGAAAAAUGGUGUUGCUAUCUGUUCUGUGAUGCUGUUAUGAAGCCAAAAAUGGCUCUCUGUCAUUGCACCUUAACUUAGAUGGGAAGAGUGGAUGCGAGAGAGCCUUUAUAGCAAACAGCAAAACGCAACAGUUUUGUUAUUGUUACUCCUUGCUCAGUCACAAGACCCCCCUCUCAACAGUGAUCAUGAACUGCUGCCUUAAAUUGAUUUUACAUCAGUUUUGCAUGAGCUUUCAGUUCAGUUCACAUGGCACAGAAAAUAAUAAUGCACAUGUAUAAUUAAAUCCAUAAAGGUAAUCCAUCAAUCAGCUGAGAGUUGUAUUUUGAAAAGAUGCAUCAGAAUGCUUAUAUCAGGCCAUUCACUUUUAAGUUAGGAAAGGUCCAGUAACAUUUCUACUGGGCCUGAGAAGUGCAAUUAGAAGCAAAAAAAAAAUAUUUCAAAGCCACAGUUGACUAAUUUGUGGCCACGAGAUACAACUUGUUCCCUCAAUUUGAUUAACUGCAAUUUUUUUUUCAUUGGUGGCCUUUGCAAAAUAAACUUUGUCUGCAAUAGCCUGUAAAAUUUGACAGAAAAUGAUGCUUGAUUUUACCCAGUUGUGGGUUCAAAUUGAUUGCGCAGAAAAUAGUGUGCAGGAAGUUAGCAAAAACUUCAAUCAUGCUGGAAUUGUUCUUCAGGGGAGAAAGCGUAAAUUAACACCUAAAAUCUUACUGGUUUUCUUUAUAUUAGUGGCUGUUUGCAAUUGGAUGCCACAGCUAAUACACCUUUUCAUUUGCCACUACAUCACUGGAUAUGCAGUUCACUGUAUGCUUCAGUUAGCAUGACAUUAGCUGGAAAUGUCUGAAAAUGACACAAAAUCACUUUAGAAGACGACUGCCAUUUGUCCAAUGUGUUUUCUUCACUAUAUAAAGUUCAGAUAAAAAGUCCAAACUCCCAACAUGUCCACAUGUGCUUUGUCACUACAGUGUAGUUGUGACAUUCACACUCCCUCUUACGUUUAACAUUUCAGUGAUGAUUUGCAUAUAUGUGAUUUAAGUUAUGUCGUUGGAGAAGUUAAUAGAAAAUCAGUCAAAUUAGUGUCAUCACCAACCUUGACCAACAGUGUCAAUAUGUAAGAAGGGACAAAACAGUACCAAAGUAAUCAAGUAAUGAAGGACGAUCUUGUUUCAUGUGUUGCUCUGAUCACCCAGCCCUUUGCACAUGAAAUAUUUGAAAAACUCUCGGGACUUGGGGAUAGAACUGUUUUGUGGUGCUUUGAGUGAAUGGAAAAAAAAAUGCUACAUGUGUCUUUAGGAACGUAAUGUUACGGGAGUUGCUAUUGUGAGUUCAGCCAUCAGAGGUAUUCAAAGAUUGUAUAUCCUAUUUAUUGUAUGUGUGUGUGCAUACAGUCCAGUCUGGUGUUUCUAAACCCAGAAGUAAGCAUGCAUGCCCUGUGGUAAAACCUGUGGCAAACUGAAGUAAAUCCUGAGGUGAAACCUAUGGAAAAUCUCAGAGGGAUUUAAGGUUAGCAAAGACCAUGGGCCUGUGGUAUCUUGUCGGCUGGUUACUGGGUGUGUGUCAUAGCCUUGUGCACUGAACUCUACCUCUGCAUAGAGUUUUUAGUUUUUACUUGUCUCUCCAAUUUCUCUUCCUCUCUCUUCGAUGACAAUAUUUGGAUUUUACAAAUUCAGCUUCAAUCUUGACGGUUUCCUGUGCUAACGUCAGACAACUGCUGUAGCUGUGACCUCUUUUUCUUUUUUUUCAUUAAUUGAUAUUUUCAAAAAUUUGUACUGUAUUCUCGUUAUUGUUAUUGUCGUUGUCAGUGUCUUAUUUCCUUUUCACUAAGUCAGUCAUUUGUUCCUGUUCUCAGUUUGCCAAACUCAGAUCUCUCUCUGCUCUCUCUCUAUGUUUUUAUCUAUGAUUUAAACAACUCCCACUUCUUCUCUUCUGAAGCAAUGUUUAGAAAAACUUGUGCAAGAAUUAAACUUUUAAACCUUGCAAUAAA